CAACUCGGACCAACUUCUUUCGGACUUUUCGGACUUCUGGAUUCAACAUCGGAACUUUUCACAUCUCAGCUCAGCUCCAUCCCAUCACCGAGGCCCUUGACGUAUGCAGGCUACUACCAUGCUGAGCAAUACUAAGCCGCCAGCAGAGCUCCUGAAAAAGAUCAAGGUCCAGACAGGGGUCGUUCGCAGGAUCAGCAAAGAUCUCAGCUACUAUGAUGAAGAAGCGAUAACACAACAAAAGCGAAUUGACAAACUUAUCGCAGACGGAGCGGACGAGCAUGAUAUUCGAAAGCAGAAGGAAGUGUUGGAAGAGACACAUGUGAUGAUGCCCGAUGGGAAGAAGAGGCUGGCGAGAGCGCAGGAGGAGUUGCAAGAACUUUUGGACAAAUACCUUGGUGCGGUAGAUCAUGAAGCUGCGACUUCGGAGGAAGUGCUCGCUGCAAAGUCGCUCCUGCAGACUCUACAGACAAUCAUUGUAUGA